AUGCGUCUUGCCCAUAAUUCCUUAUCAGGGACAUUGUCACCAGAAGUAGGAAAUCUAAAAAACCUUGAUGAACUUGAUUUCUCUAAUAACAUGAUUUCUGGCGAGAUUCCAACCUCCAUUGGUGAAUGUCAAAGCUUGGAACAUCUCAAUACAUCUGGAAACCUUCUUCAAGGGUCAAUUCCUUUGUCACUAGGAAAUCUGAAGGGUCUCUUGGUGCUCGACCUUUCCUACAACAAUUUAUCUGGGACCAUCCCAGAAAUCCUUGGUAGCUUGACAGGCCUUUCUUCCUUGAAUCUCUCAUUCAACAGAUUCCAAGGUCAAGUCCCAACACAUGGGGUAUUUCUCAAUGCAUCUGCAAUCUUGGUCAGGGGAAAUGAUGGCCUAUGUGGCGGUAUCCCUCAAUUGAAAUUGCUACCCUGCUCAAGCCAUACCACCAAGAAGACACAUCAGAAAUUCGCCAUAAUAAUCUCAGUAUGCAGUGGAUUUGUUCUUUGCACAUUAGUAUUUGCACUAUACGCAAUCAACCAAAUGAGACGGAAGACAAAGGCAAAUCUACAAAGGCCAGUUUUGAGUGAGCAGUAUAUAAGGGUCUCUUAUGCUGAAUUGGUCAAUGCAACAAAUGGAUUUGCACUUGAGAAUCUCAUUGGAGAAGGGAGCUUUGGCUCGGUUUACAAAGGAAGGAUGAGAGACAGUGACGAAGAUAAAGCCAUCGCUGUUAAGGUUCUAAACCUCAUGCAACGUGGUGCAUCUCAAAGUUUUGUCGCAGAAUGUGAGACAUUAAGAUGCACUCGACAUCGGAACCUUGUUAAGAUAUUGACGGUCUGCUCAAGUAUUGAUUUUCAGGGCCGUGACUUCAAGGCCCUAGUGUAUGAGUUUUUACCAAAUGGAAAUUUAGACCAAUGGCUGCACCAACAUAUCAUGCAAGAUGGUGAAGAAAAGGCACUAGAUAUAAUUGAGAGGCUAUGUAUUGCUAUUGACGUGGCAUCAUCACUUGAUUAUCUUCAUCAACAUAAGCCGAUGCCAAUUAUUCAUUGUGAUCUUAAGCCAAGCAAUGUCCUCCUUGACAGUGACAUGGUUGCUCAUGUUGGUGAUUUUGGGCUUGCGAGGUUUCUGCAUGAAGACUCAGAGAAAUCAAGUGGCUGGGCAUCAAUGAGAGGAUCAAUUGGUUAUGCUGCUCCAGAGUAUGGACUGGGCAACGAAGUGUCGACCUCCGGUGAUGUCUACAGCUAUGGCAUAUUGUUGCUGGAAAUGUUCACAGGAAAAAGACCAACAUCCGGUGAAUUUGGAGAAGCCAUGGGAAUCCGUAAUUAUGUUCAAACGGCACUGCCAGACAGAUUUUGCAAAUCGGGAUUCGGUGUUCAGAGGAGAGGCCAAUGGAUCGCCCACCAAUUGGAGAUGUUCUGA